CGCUAAGCAGUGUUCUCUUGAACGAACCUGACUCUUUCGACGACGCCGUUUCGGCGGAGUUGAUUCGUGUUGCGGAGGAUCGCGAUGCUGCGUUUGCUCGUUUUGAUCUUAGCUUGGGCUCCCCUGAGGCUUCCCUUCACGGAGUUUUGUACUGGAGUUUUUCAUUAAUUAACUCAUCCUUGAUAACAUGAAAGCAACAACUGCAAUUAUGUAGAAGAAAGAGGGCGUUGAAAGAUAUUGUUCUUUGCUGGACGCUAUUUCAGAGCAAUCCAGCAGAGUGAAGUGGCUCAUAAGGAAUAACCUCUUUCUUCUCCAAUAUGAUGUUAUAUCUGCAGUAGAUUCGCUUGUCUGUUAAAAGGUAUUAAAGGUAAUGGUGAUUGCAAAAUAAACAUUACGGUGCUAUAAUCUUGUCGACCAUGGAUUGCAUUAAUAAUUCAAAGCCUUGAACAGAGCAAUGUGUGACAACUGCCAGCUGUUGUGAGACUUGUGACACAUCCCUUGUUGACAUUUUGGGAGUUGAGCACCAAGAUUGAUCAAAUUAUCUCUGCCACAGUUUGGACCUCAAUGGCGGUGCUUCAAUGGAGGAUUGCGAAAUUGAAAGAGGCAGAGUGUCAAGUUGCUGUUGAAGAUGUUUUGUACAUGAUAAUCUUGUACAAAUUUUCUCAGAAUAGAGUACCUCUUGUUCCUAGCCUCUCUAAAUGCCUCUACAAUGGAAGACUAGAGAUUCUACCUUCAAAGGAUUGGGAGCUAGAGUCUAUUCAUAGCCCAGAAGUCCUGGAGAUGGUUAAAGAACAUUUGAGUACUACCCUUGGGUGGAAUUCAGGCUCUAGUGUUGCUGUUAACUGGUCCACAACUAAGAUUCAGAAACACCAUCUUAGUCAAGUUUAUGCAACAUCUAUCUUGUAUGGCUACUUCUUGAAAUCUGCUUCUCUAAGGCUUGAUUUGGAGCACAACCUGCCUGCAACUUACCAAAACACACCGUUUGGAAGUUGGACCGCUUCUCCAGAAUGCGAGUCUUAUGGCUUUAAGAAUGUCAUGCUAGGUCAAAUAAUGGUCACCCCGCGAUCCACAACAUUAAGCCAGAUCAUCACCAGAAGACCCGGGAAGAAAGAGGCUAGUUUAAGGUGGUAUGUGACGGGUUUUGACGUGCAGACAAUGGAGGAAUGUACAAAGGUGAAAUCAGAGGAAGCUGUUGAGCUUAUUAACAAGCAUUGUUUGGCAUUAUUUGGGAAUGCUAAUGUUGAAGACAAUGAGAUGAUGAUUGUAACUUCUUUGUCAAGCUUGAAAAGAUUGGUUUUGGAGGCUGUUGCUUUUGGGUGUUUCUUAUGGGAUGCAGAAGGGUGUGUCAACAAUAUAUAUAAGCUCAAAGAUAGAUGUUAAAAGUCCUUUUAGGCUGAUUUUGUAAAUAUAAUGGAUGAUGUUUGGUUUCUCUCUAAAUCUGCUGUUAGAUAUAUAAUGCAUGUAUAUAGUAUGACAGUUAAUCAAUCAGAUGUAUAGUUGGGUGAUGUAAUUAUUCUCCGUAUUUCACUCUUGGCAUUCUACUGCACAAUAUAAUUUAAACCCAGAACUUAUUUCAUCACAAA